AUGCUCACGAGAUCCUUGAAACCCAAGGGACCUCCCCGCUGGACACGUCCAGGCCUGCCAUACCGGCGGUGCAUGGCCCAUGUCUCGAACAUCUCAGAUCUCCCUACAGAGGAUACCAAACCCUUCAGUGUCCCCAUAGCAGACGACAGCUUCGAAACAUACAACCUUGAUCCACCUCCCUACAGCCUAGAAACCACCAAAGGCCAACUUAAACAACUCUACCAUGACAUGUCGCUAAUAAGACGCCUGGAACUUGCAGCCGACAAGUUAUACAAGGAACAAAAGGUCCGUGGCUUUUGCCACCUCUCCACAGGCCAAGAGGCCGUCGCGGUGGGGGUGGAACACGGCAUCAGCCCCGAAGAUAAGGUUAUUACUGCGUACCGCGCCCACGGAUUCACGUUGAUGCGGGGUGGGAGUGUCAAAUCUAUCAUUGGAGAGCUACUUGGUCGUCGAGACGGUAUUUGUCAUGGGAAGGGUGGUUCGGUGCAUAUGUUCACUAAGAAUUUCUUUGGUGGGAAUGGCAUUGUGGGGUCGAAUGUGCCCCUUGGGACGGGGAUUGCGUUCGCGCAGCAGUAUGAUGAUACCAAGAAGGUGACGGUGAAUCUGUAUGGGGAUGGGGCUGCGAAUCAGGGUCAGGUACAUGAGGCGUAUAACAUGGCUAAGUUGUGGGAGUUGCCGGUUAUUUUUGGUUGUGAGAACAAUAAAUACGGAAUGGGCACGUCCGUGGAGCGCGCUUCCGCCAUGACCGAAUACUACAAACGAGGAUACUACAUUCCAGGUCUCCGCAUCAACGGAAUGGAUGUUCUGGCGGUGAUAGCUGCAAUGACGUACGGCAAAGACUACGUGUUGGGCGGGAACGGACCUUUGCUGUAUGAAUUCCAAACAUACCGGUAUGCGGGACACUCGGUAUCUGAUCCGGGGACGGCGUACCGGACCAAAGACGAGGUGCAGGCCGAGCGGGCGCAUGAUCCCAUCACGACUUAUCGAGAAAAGUUGAUUGAAUGGGGCGUGUUCAGCGACGAUGAGGCGAAGACGAUGGAUAAGGAGAUCCGACGCAAAGUUGACCGUGAAGCUCAAGAAGCGGAGAAGAUGGCAGAACCACCCUUAACUUCGGACGUAUUGUUCGAGGAUGUUUAUGUUCGUGGAAGCGAGCCAGCCCAGCGGCGCGGGAGAACCGUUGAUGAGACAUACUACCUGGGCUGA